UUUAGAAAGAAUUUUCAUCUAAAUAGGUGCAGUGAUAUUCAAAGAAUCGAAACUAAAACGAUAAAAAAAUGGGAGUCCUAUUUAAUGCUGUCGUGUCUAUCGGAGUUGGAGUUGCAACAACUGCUUUGAUUGCUGGAACAGGCCCAGUUGGUGUAGCUGCUGCUUUGGCUAUUAAAGGUGCAGAAGCUACUGCCGCAACAUAUGCUAUAGGGAGUGGUGUUUUAGCAGCUGGAUAUACAAAUGUCUAUCUCAAUACAGGCAGAUCGAGUGGACCAAGCCUCUUUCCUAGUUUUGGGAAUGGUUCAAGCGGAUCAAGCAGCUCAAAUCUAUCAAGUAGUUUAAGUGGAACAAGCAGUUCAAGUGGAACAAACAGUUCAAGUGGAUCGAGCAAUUCAAGCGGAGCAAGCAGUUCCACCCAAAGCAGAUCAAGUAAUGCUGGCAAUACAAACAAUUCAAACGAUCCUAACCGUGAUCAAAACGAAAGAGGUUCAAACAAUUCAGGCAACAACAAUGAUGCAAAUACAACUGAUCAAGAUGAAGACAAUUGGGAUUCAAGUGAUGAAAGCGACGAAAGAAACCACAGAUAUAAAUACAUCGCUAAAAGAUAUCCAGGACGAUCAACAUAUGCAAAUCCAUUAGAAAUUGAUCAUACUAUUCCGAUGGCUGUUUGGAAGGAACUUCUCAAAGAAAUCCAAAAAUAUGCUGAAAAUGAUCUUCCAAAACAUUUGAAAAGAGCUCUAAAAAUAUUCAGAAUUAUAUUAAAAGGCAAAGAUAUAUUCUCAUUGAGUGCCAAAGAUCUUGAUAAAUUGAUGAAAGAGUUUCCAGCCAUUGAAAUCUUAAAAUUAAUCCAUCGACAUCAAUUCUCAACUGGAAACAAAGAAUUGCGGAAAAACUUCAAUAAACUAAUUCUUGAUUUUAUUUUGGCUGGAAAUUGGGCUGGUGCUAUUGAAUAUAUAUUCAGAGAUCAAAUUAAUAUUGCAAGAUUUUUCAAUGUUGGUCAAGAAGAAAUUGAAAAUAUCCUCAAUCGUCAGAGAAGCUUUGUGAGAUAUUUACUGAGAAAAGGUAUUCUUACUGAAGAAGAAGCGAGGAGAUUGCUUGAAAUUAUCGGUAGUCUAAUGAAUUAAGAUUUAUUAAACUUAAUAUUAAAUGAUUUUUCAACUCGAUUUAUUCGAACUAUAAUGAACUAUGCUAUGAUUUGUUGUUAAACUAAUAUAUUUAUUAAAAUAUUAAAUUUGAUUAAAGAGUUCUAAUAUGAACCUGGAA